AGCUGGGAACUGGCGGUACUUGUAAAGAUGACCGCAGAUUGAUGGCCUGAGUUUUGCAGACAGUUGAGCCCUCAGGGUUUGCUUGCUUCUGACAUCAUUCCUUUGUGAAACAAGGAGUUGUGUUCAGGGAGUUGAAACCAGGGGGAGCCAGUGGAAGGGCUACAAGUUUUUGCUUUUAAAAACCCAGGCAACUGCAGUUCUCUAUCCCAGCCCCUAGUUACCUCCUUCCAUCUUCUCCCAAUGCCUGUGAAGAUGCACACGACUGUCAAGUUUUUGAUGUAACUCGGGAGCCUCCCAGCUUUCUAGCCAUGGCCUCAGUGGAUGGAUUGCAGUACCGUGCUCUUUAUGAAUAUAAGAAGGAUCGGGAGGAAGACCUGUCUCUCUGUCCCGGAGACCUGCUCACCGUCAGCAGGGCAGGGCACGCCUGUGUGGACUAUAAGGAAGGGGAUGAGAGAAACCCCCAAGGUUGGCUUAAUGGCUUCAAUGAACGUACCAAGGAAUGGGGAGAUUUCCCAGGCACUUACGUAGAGUACUUGGGUCCUGUGAGGAUUGUGGCUGCCACGCCUAAAUCAAGGCCCAGACCACUGCCACCAAUGCCAACUGGGGCACCUUCCAGUAACAUAUGGGGACCUCCUGGGCAGAUGGAGUUUGUUGACUGGUUAAAUCUCCCUGAACAAGCACUGCUGGUUGUAAAGAGACUUGUUGAAGCAUUGGAAAAAGAAGGCUUAGAUAAUGAAGCCCUUUACCGAUCACCUCCCAGUUCCUUUUGCGACGCUCAGUUCAAGCAGCAUCUUCUGACAGACUUGGGAUCUGUUGAUCUGGACCAGUUUGAUGGGCAGACAUUAGGUGAAAUGCUCAGGCACUACCUUCAGGAGCUCCCUUGCCCCGUGAUUCACCCAGCAACUUACAGUGAAUUACUUUACAUAGUUCAAGAAACUCAGAGCCCAGAGGAGUGUGGUCAACAGAUAAAAUUGAUCCUAGAAUCUCCACGUCUCCCUCAAUGGCACAGACUCCUCCUGCAACACCUGACCAGGCAUUUCUGUAAACUGUGCCAGAAUGGCAGCAAGAAUCACUUCACACCCAGGAUGCUUGGAGAGGCCUUUAGUGACGUGCUUUUUAAACCAUCCCCAUCAAGCAUGGAACUGAAUCCAGAGCACCAUGUGAUGAUUAUUGAGGCUCUUAUCAUCGCUGGUGGAGUGUCAGAGAUCCAGGCAGCACCAGCUCUUCCUCCAAAGCCCUCCAAACCAAUAACUCCAGUAAAUACAAGUGGGAUAAAAGAGAAUUGCAGUUCAUCACUGCAGGAUGCCGAAUGGUACUGGGGAGACAUUUCAAGGGAAGAGGUAAAUGACAAAUUACGAGACAUGCCGGAUGGAACAUUCCUGGUGCGGGAUGCAUCAACAAAGAAACAAGGAGACUAUACACUGACAUUGCGGAAGGGUGGCAACAAUAAAUUGAUAAAAAUUUAUCACCGGGAUGGGAAAUACGGUUUUUCUGAUCCACUGACAUUCACUUCUGUGGUGGAACUGAUUAACCACUAUCACCAUGAGUCUCUUGCCCAAUAUAACCCUAAACUAGAUGUGAAGCUUAUGUAUCCUGUAUCCAGAUACCAGCAGGAUCAGUUGGUAAAAGAAGAUAAUAUUGAUGCCGUGGGCAAAAAGCUUCAGGAGUACCACACCCAGUAUCAAGAGAAAAGUAAGGAAUAUGACAGACUAUAUGAAGAAUACACCAGAACAUCACAGGAAAUUCAAAUGAAGAGAACAGCAAUAGAAGCUUUUAAUGAAACAAUUAAAAUAUUUGAAGAGCAGUGUCACACCCAAGAGCGAUAUAGCAAAGAAUACAUUGAACAAUUCAGAAGAGAAGGAAAUGAGAAGGAAAUUGAACGCAUUGCGAUGAAUUAUGAAAAAUUAAAAUCACGUCUGGGUGAAAUCCAUGAUAGUAAGCUGCAACUGGAACAGGAUUUGAAGAAGCAAGCUCUAGACAACCGGGAAACUGACAAGAAAAUGAACAGUAUCAAACCUGAUCUUAUGCAGCUGCGCAAAAUCAGAGACCAGUACCUUGUCUGGCUUAAUCAUAAAGGAGUGAGGCAGAAACGAAUAAACGACUGGCUUGGAAUAAAAAACGAAAAUAUUGAUACAUACUUUACAAAUGAGGAGGAUGAAAAUCUGCCACAUUAUGAUGAAACAUCUUGGUUUGUGGGAGAUAUCAAUCGCAUCCAAGCAGAAGAUUUGCUUUGUGGGAAACCUGAUGGAGCAUUUUUAAUUCGAGAAAGUAGCAAGAAAGGCUGUUAUGCUUGUUCUGUGGUAGCUGAUGGUGAAGUUAAACACUGUGUGAUUUACAGCACUCCAAGAGGUUAUGGGUUUGCAGAGCCAUAUAACCUUUAUACUACCCUAAAAGAAUUAGUCCUUCAUUACCAGCAUACCUCCCUUGUCCAACACAAUGACUCCCUCAAUGUCCGGCUCGCUUAUCCUGUCAACGCACAGAUGCCCUCCCUCUGUAGAUAAAUUCUAGGAGGGUGGAGUAUAGGUGAAGUGUUGGUUCUCGGAUUUCUUUUCUACAGUUUUUACUAAAACCCAGAGGGCAUUCUUUCUCCUUAAGACUGCUUGUUUUGCACAAGAAAUGAUUUGAUGAAUGUGAAUUGGAGACCUAACAGCAACAAAAUAAUAGCUUUGGGGUUGGUGCCCUGGUGCUACCUGAAGAUCAGCUGUGUUUUUAUAUAAGGAGACUCUCUCAUUUUCCCUAUAAGGAACAAGUUAUCUCUUUAAAGAUGCAUACAGAAAGAACUAAAAGCAAAACUUUUGCCAGGCACCAUCAGCGGAACUUCUACUUGGAUUUUGUUUUUCUGAGGUAUUAGUAAUGUCUUUCAGUCUUAAGCUCCAGGAAAAUGUAGGGAAAGUCUCUACUCCAGAAACUUCCCUGUUAAUUUUAGCAGCUUGGCUGCAAGUCAGACAAACUUACACAUGAGGGCUCAUCUUGAUGUAGCAUGGUAUUUGGUGAGAGGAGACCAAAGGAAUUAUGGGGAGAGUUUCAGGUUCUUAUUUAAAAGAAUAUCCUCAAGGAAAUAUUGCUUUAUAUUUUACCAACAUAGCAAAACUUUGGUUUCAAUAGUACUUACCGGUCUUCAAAUAAAAGAAACCAAAUUGAACCCACCAAAACUACUUUCAUUGCUGGAUUUGGGGGGGUGGGUAGAUUGCAUUUGCAAUCACACUUGCCAAAACUUGAAGAGAGAAAUAUAAAAGCUAAAAAGUCUUCUGUUGUUUUGAAAACUAACCUGACCUGAUGUAACUGCACCACUUCCCCCUUUAUUAUUUUCAAAAUGUGGUUCCUUUCUUCCAAGGAUGUCAGAUUUUGUUUUUAAAAGAUACUAAGCUUUGGAAUGUUAAGCAGAAUGAAGCUGGCACCUGGCAUGUUUAUAAGAUGCUAAACAAUGAAUUUUCUGUUUUAAAAACA